GAGAGAGAGAGAGAGAGACAGAGAGACAGAGAGAGAGAGGAGAGCGCUGGAGAAAAGAGACGCUUUCCUGAGCUACUUGGAGAAACAACGCCAGGCUUGACACUGAGUGAUGACCGUGGCGCAGUGAGACUCAGCAGACCGGGGAAUAAAAACGCGGAAUUAAAACACACACUACAAAAAAAAAGGAGGGGAGGAGGGUUUGCUCGGGGUUGUGGACACCUGCGCGUCUCCGCUUCGGCCGCAGGUGCGCUACGAUCCCCUCUGACGGAGGGAGAGUUUCAUGGGUCCGGGUAAGGAAGUGAGAGAAGAUAUCAUCCUAGGAUUACUUCUCGUUUCCUCGCCAGCACUCAUCCGGUUUCCAGCCUCUGUGAAAACAAACUUCCACUGCUUUUGCAACGUUUUCGAUCACAUUCCCUCAAAUGUUUGGAAAAAGAGAUCUUAAUCUGGAGCUUUUUUCAUGGUGGACUGUUCUCUGAGACGCGGAUUUACACUUGGCAGCUUCCCCAAACUGACCGCAGAAUUCCUCUGAACUUUCAACUCGUUUAUUGUGACGCGCAGCGGAGUUUUUCCAUCCAUUUUUAACGUGCUGAUGGACAGGACAAUGCCGGGAUUAUUACAGCAGUUUCUCACCCUGCCCCGAGGAAGAGGGGGUGAGUGAGGGAGCAGAGAGAGAAGGAGAGUACAGCGGAUAAAGAGAGGAGAAGAAGAAGGAGGGAAGUCGGUGGCGUUUUGGCUGCCGUCCGUUAGUUCUUUAGCGCCUUUGCUGGUCGGGCUCGUCCAUCUCUUUUUUUUUUAACUGGAUACACGGACACGCAUCAGGAGAGACGCACGGGGAGGACCCUGCGUUCACACCCUGGGGCCAGUGGGAGGUGACUGUCAGAAGAAAUGCCGGUCCUAGGCGCCCUAGUACAUCACCACCAGGACCAUGGCGACUCCUUGGCCAAUGAGAAAAGAGAGGUGCUCCCAUGCUAGAUGGUCGGCGUCAUCCUUCAUGCUCCUAUGGUUGCCGUGGGUGUUGCUAUGGCUUCCAUGGCCCACCCGAGCUGAACAAGUGGGCGGUGGGGGACACGGUGGGAAGGCUUUCCAUGGUUCCCUGUCGUCCCCCUCGUUGACGUCAUCUUCAUCCUCCUCCUCCUCGUCCUCAUCGUCCCCGUCCAGCUCUUCGGCGUGGGGCUUCAACACGAGGCAGAGUGGGGGGCAGCUGGACUGGCUGCUGUCGGAGAAAGGACCUUUCCACAGAUGUCCCGAGUACACGGAGUUCAGAGAGAGGUUCCAGCAGGGAUUUUCUACCAGAUACAAGAUUUACAGGGAGUUCAGCCACUGGAAAGUGAACAGCCUGGCAACAGAGAAGAGAGAUUUCCUCAAAGCUCCGUUGCCCUUAGCGCAAGAGUUCCUACGCAACCUGCGGUUACUGGGGCGACGGCCGACCCUGCAGCAAAUCAACGAAAACCUCAUCAAGAAGUACGGGACCCACUUUCUGGUGUCUGCUACCCUGGGAGGGGAGGAGUCUCUGACCAUUUUCCUGGACAAGCAGAAGCUGAACAAGAAGUCGGAGGGUAGCAGCAACAGCUCAGUGGUGUCUCUGGAGCUGCUGCAUCAGCUGGCCGCUUCCUACUUCACAGAUCGAGAGAGCACCCUAAGGCGACUGCACCACCUCCAGAUCGCCACUUCUGCCAUCAAGGUAACAGAGACGAGGACGGGCCCUCUCGGCUGCAGCAACUACGACAGCUUGGAUUCAGUUAGCUCGGUGUUGGUUCACAGCCCGGAAAAUAAGAUCCACCUGAAGGGAUUGCAAGAUGUCCUGCCAGAGUUCCUGCGUGGGCGUUUCGUGGAGGCAGCCCUGAGCUAUGUGGCGUGCAACUCAGAGGGCGAGCUGCUCUGCCGCAACAACGACUGCUGGUGCCACUGCUCUCCCCGCUUCCCAGAAUGCAACUGUCCCUUCGCCGACAUCAAGGUCAUGGAGGAGAACCUGGAGAAGAGCAAAGAUGCUUGGAGCGUCUUCAACCACGAGUUCAUGGAAUCAGAUGAAUUCAAGGCCCUCCUGAAGCGCUUGCCCACUGACAGGUUCUUGAAUGUGUCCACGAUUGCCAAGUUCUGGUCGGCCGACUUGUCCCUCCAGAAGCGAUACGCCCAGCUGGAGUCCAGCACGGCCCUGGUGCAGAGCAAAGCCCAGAAGAUCAUCAGGAAGCUGUUCACCCUGAGCAAACGCUGCCCCAAACAACCUCGCAUCAGUCUGCCACGAGAGAGGCCGGUUGGGUUUUGGUUGAACAGGGCGCAGUCUCUGAUCUACUGUAACGAGCAUGGUGUGUUGGGCUCCUUCUCUGAAGAGGUGAAGAGCUGUAUCUGCCCCCUGGAGCAGCCCACCUGUCAGGGAGCCAUUCCCUGCAUCGUGGGCACCUCCUCCACCUCCUGCCUGUCCUGUGCCACUGACAACGCAACCCGCUGCGGAGCCUGUCACCACGGCAACCUACUUCAUCUCGGUUCCUGCCGACCAAGCAUCGCCGCAUCCCUAGACCACUACCUGAACUUGGACUUGGAUAUGCCUGAUGCUGAGGUCAAGUAUCUGCUGCAGCGGCUGGACAGCAGAUUAGAGGUGCAUGCCAUCUACAUCAGCAAUGACGUGCGCCUAGGAAGUUGGUUUAAUCCUGCCUGGAGGAAGAGGAUGCUGCUGACACUCAAGAGCAACAAGAACAAGUCCAAUCUCAUCCACAUGCUGUUGGGCAUUUCUUUUCAGAUUUGCUUGACUAAGAAUUCAACACUGGAGCCUGUGCCUGCGAUAUAUGUAAAUCCUUUUGGAGGGAGUCACUCUGAGAGCUGGUUCAUGCCAGUGAACCAGCCUGACUUCCCUGACUGGGAGAGAACUCGACUGGACGCUGUUGCAACAGCACAGUGUUACAACUGGACACUGACUCUGGGCAACAAGUGGAAGUCCUUCUUUGAAACGGUGCACAUCUACCUGAGGAGCCGCAUUAUCACAGAUGAUCCAACAGUGAAUGAAACUCUCUUCUAUGAACCAUUGGACCUCGAUGACCAGACGUCCAACCUGGGUUACAUGAAGAUCAACACGCUUAAAGUGUUUGGAUACAGCAUGCACUUUGACCCAGAGGGCAUCAAGGAUUUGAUUCUGCAGUUAGACUAUCCAUACACACAGGGUACGCAGGACGCAGCCUUUCUGAUGUUGUUGGAGAUGAGAGACCGGAUCAACCGGCUGUCUCCACCGGCACCGCAGCCUCUCGAUCUGUUUUCUUGUCUUUUGCGCCAUCGGCUCAAGCUGUCAGCCGGAGAGGUGGCACGCAUCAAGGACUCUCUGCAGAUCUUCAACUCCAAGCUCCCCAAUGCUUCUCCUGAACCAGAGCUUGCACAGCUGUGCAGCUAGCUAAUUUAGCAAAAAAGCCAGGUUUCAGGAGAGAAACUAGACAUCGGAAGCGGAGUCACCGCUUCAAGGAUGGCCCUGAACAUAGCAGGGAAGGUCAUACUAAGUUAGCCUCCUGGACCAAAAUGGUGCAGCGUAACACCAACUUCAAAGGCUGACUGCUGGGCUUUUCUUACAGGCGCUCUUGGCGUGUUUUCUGGUGUCAGAGCAUUUUGUCAAAUGGUUGGAGCUAUGUUUUGAACUUUUUGGAGAACAGAAGACUCUUUCAGAGGAUCUGCUGUAAUAACCUAGAGGCUUACUUUUGCUGUUACUGCCCUGCUUUGGUGACAAUACAACUGGAUAAAGCAGCGGGGCUCUUGAACUGACAGGAUUUGCAGAGCCCUUGUGAUAAGGUAUACCCAAAACAUUUGCCUUACAAAAUGAAAGGCGGUUUUGAUAUGUAGGGAGGAACUCUAAAGGUGUCUUCAAAAACGAGUCAAUGGGAGAAGAUUUCCCCUUUUCUAACCCUUUCCUCUUUCGCUACAGAACAAUCUCAUGGGAAGGGAAAAUGGGUAAAUAUAUAUGUGGUGAAUGAGGUCUUGUUAUGCUUAACAGUUUAAAUUUGAUAAUCCUGAACCCUAUUACUGUCUUUGAAUAUUUCUUUUUAACCCCUGCCUUCCAUUUUAUCUGGCUUUGGAAACUUGUAUCUAUGCUUAACAUCAGAGUGAGAAUCUGGUUAGUGAUGUUCUGUCCUUGGUGGUGUGUCUAUACCAAUAGGAAGGUGUACACAUCGACAAACUGAAUGGUAAGACACCUAAAAUGUUGAUUUUUUUUUGUUGUUGCUGAAAUUCAGAAAGAAGUCUUCAGAUGUGAUGACAAAAAAGAGUCUGCGGAAAUAGCGCUGUAAAUAACGCUCCAUCUAACCCCCAGGUGUGGACAAGUGCACAUUGCUUUUUAGAUAACCGAGUGCAAAGACCAAAAAAAUGUUUAUAACUAAACAAACUCAUGCCUUAUAUGGAGAGUCAAUGUUAAGAUAAGAAGCACAUUUAGUUUCUGUGUUUGAUUUCCUGGCGAAGGCUGUAUUGCUUUUUAUAUUUCAAUAUUUCUACCAAGACAGAACAGCAGACACAUUCUCGAGAAAUUACGUGGUAAUGUAGCUUCUCUAUGUUAAUGCCAGUCACACAUUACUGCAGCUAAUUAUUUUGAGUUGGUGUUGUGAUAAUUUGAGUCACUAUCCACAGUGCACACCAGUACUUUAGAGGUUUUUCACUGGUUUGGUUUGGUCACAGGUCAAAGACGCAGAUGUUUUGUUGUUCUUCUUUUACAUAAUGGGUCCAAUGUUAACUGCUGUCUACCAUGGCAACGGGAAUUACAAGUUUUCUGUAAGGCAGUGUUAGUUAUGAAGAGCUGCAAACUCAUUUAAUUCACUAAUUUGUCACUGAUAAAAUCCGUAAACCUUGUAUAUCAUUUUUAGCUAUUCUUCUGUGCUCAGCUUGCUUAAGUAAAAACAGAGUGGUUUAUCUA